AGUAUUGAAAGGAAAGUCCCAAAAUGAGGUAUAAAUACGUUUCUACUCAAAACUAAUAUUCACUGGAGCCAGACAUAUCUUACCAUACAGACCACAGAUAACACCACCAAACCACUACAUCUUGGAAUUUAGUAGGAUGAACGUUUACACCUUUUCCCUGCACUGUUAUCUGGUCGGAGCAGUCCUUGCCGCCCCACUAACGGAGUUCUCACUUAAAGACGGAGCACUUAUGGAACGCCCCGAUUUUCUCCGUGCUGUUGAACACAGUCAGAGUUUGGUCAACAAGAUCCUGAAAGACAUACCCGACACGCACAAGUCCUGCGUCAGUUCUAAGAGUCUGACUCUUCACCCGACUCUUCAACCAAUCAGUGAGCCCAGUAACCUGCAGUUUAUGGAGGAUUCCCUGAAGAUCCCCCGAGCCCCUGUACUGAAGGGCCUGUCUGAUGAGUUCACGCUGGAAAUGUGUCUGAAGCGCAUUUCAGAAGGGCUACAGAUGUACCAGGAUGUGCUAAGUACCCUCCACAAUCGAGUGUCCAACCCAGAGAAGAUGAAAGGGAUGCACGCUGACGUCAGAGACUUGCUGGCCCAGAUCACAAAGAUGCAGGAACUGUGCCGGUUCGAGACCGGGGCGAAGUACGGGGGCUCCGGCCUGGCCUCCCGCCUCAGCGGGGACUUCGAGGUGCAGGUGGCCGCCCACCUCUCCCUCCUGCAGCUGCAGGACUUCGGCCGGGACGUCUUCCGCAGCCUGCGCAACAUGACCCGAAGAGCCAGACCUGGACGAGUAGGCCCCGGGCUGCCUGUGCGGUCGCAGAAGCGUAAUAAAUAGGCAUUUAGCAGACACUAUUUUCAAGAGUCCCCAGGUUUAAGUACCCUUACUCAAGGGUAUUGAUCGCCAGCGUCCCAUCUGAGAAUCAAAUCCGCAAGUGUCUGGCUUACAAAUGCAGUUCUCUAUCCAUUGCACUAUACUUCUGGCAAGUGGGGUGGAACACCAGCUGCCACAAUUAUGCAGCAGUGCAUUAUGUAAUAUACUGAAACUUCUUGUGCUUAGAGUGACCUGUUCUUUAUACUUGAAAAAAAUGGCUUAGGCUGUUUUGCUGAAUCACCUGUGGUUGCUAUGCUGGCAAUCAGCUGAUACUGAAGCCAGUGAAAAUUCCAAUGUGCUCAUAGCCAUUAACCAUUAGCUUUCCUGUGGGGACUUUCACAAAGCACCUCAUUUGCAUUGGCUCGUGGCUUAUGACUACUUUUGAUGCUGUAACGUGAGAUAACAUUUUUUACUUCUGUUAUUUAUACUUUGACUGUGUGUAUGUAUGUAUGUAUGUGUUUAUUUAUUACGUAUUUAUGAAUUUAUUUAUUUAAAUAUGCUGCCAGUUGUUAUUUAUGCCUAUGUAUGCAAUUGUAUUUUAAUGAUUUUUCAGACUUAUUUAUAUAUUUAUAAUUUCUGUGUCUCAGGAAGACACAAAUAGCUAUAAAAAACAUAGCUAUUUGUGGAAUAAACUAUGCAGUAUAUGGGUUAUGUUCUGUCAAAACUUUGGUGAAAUGAAAAGCGCUGUGACUUCACACACCUUUAGACCUUCAACUCGGGUGUGCGUUUCCUUUCCUGUACUUUUUUCUUCUGAUGAAAUGACAUGAAAAAAAGGAUUUGUAAAAAUACCUGUGUGCAAUGUCCUGGGUUUACCUGUAUGUUGUUCAGGUACUGCUGUGAUGUUCGUAUGGGUCAAUGUAAUGCCCAGUGGGUAAUGUUCAAGGCUGUCGGUAGUAUCUACUCUCCUUGCUUGUCUUUGGUUAUUGGGCCCCAUGGGCUGAGAGAUACCAGGUUAUUUUUAGAUUACACAUCUCAAUGAAACGUGUAAUUGAAAUUAAUUUAUUAAACAAAACCACAUCCCGUGCAAAACGCUGAAAUUAAGAUGCAUAUUUAUUUGGAUUAUAUUUAUAUAAAUAACUGCUUUUUAUGUUUUUCAUUUUUAUAUUUGAAUUGACACUUGGAUUGUUUGCACAAAUGAAAUCAUUGUUAAGAUUGUCACAUUUUAUAAAUAAAACAGUUCAUUGUA